CAAAAGGAAGCUUCUUCGUCAAGAACAUUUCGACCGUGUUUUGAGGGAGAUCCAAAUAAUGCAUCACUUGUCUGAAAACCCAAACGUUGUCCGGAUACAAAGCACGUACGAGGAUGCUACUAGCGUGCACCUUGUGAUGGAGCUCUGCGAAGGUGGUGAGUUAUUUGAGAGAAUCGCCAAGAAAGGUCAUCACAGUGAGAGAGAAGCAGCUAAGCUCACCAAGACCAUUGUUGCGGUCAUCGAAGCUUGUCACUCUCUUGGUGUUAUGCAUAGAGACCUUAAGCCUGAGAACUUCUUGUUCUCUUCUUGUGAUGAAGACGCUUCGAUUAAAUCUAUCGACUUUGGUCUCUCUGUUUUCUGCAAACCAGGUUCAACGUUUUCUAAACUUGUUGGAAGUGCAUACUAUGUGGCACCUGAGGUUUUACGUAGGCAUUACGACCGUGAAUGUGACGUAUGGAGCGCUGGAGUUAUCCUUUACAUGCUAUUAUGUGGUUUUCCUCCUUUCAAUGCUGGAACUGAACGUGGGAUCUUUAGAAAGAUUCUACAGGGAAAGCUGGACUUUGAGACCGAUCCUUGGCCUAGCAUCUCAGAGAGUGCCAAGGAUCUUAUAAAGAAGAUGCUUGAGAGUGAUCCAAAGAGAAGGCUAACUGCUCAUCAAGUCUUGUGUCACCCUUGGAUUGUGGAUGAUACGGUUGCUCCAGAUAAACCAUUGGGCUUUGCAGUAGUGUCCCGCUUGAAAAGGUUCUCUGCAAUGAACAAACUUAAGAAGAUGGCUUUACGCGUAGUUGCAGAGAGACUAUCUGAGGAAGAAAUUGGUGGGCUCAAAGAACUGUUCAAGAUGAUAGAUACAGACAACAGUGGAACCAUCACGUUUGAAGAGUUGAAAGACAGUGUCAGAUGUGUUGGGUCAGAGCUUGUGGAAUCAGAGAUCCAAGAACUCUUGCAAGCUGCUGAUGUUGAUGAGAGUGGAACGAUAGACUAUGGAGAGUUCUUGGCUGCAACAAUCCACUUGAACAAGCUGGAAAGAGAGGAGAAUCUAGUAGCUGCAUUCUCUUUCUUUGAUAAAGAUGCAAGUGGUUGCAUCACUGUUGAUGAACUCCAACAGGCUUGGAAGCAGUUUGGGAUAAAAGAUUCGAAUCUGGAUAAAAUGAUCAAAGACAUCGACCAAGACAGUGAUGGAAGAAUAGACUAUGGAGAAUUUGUGGCAAUGAUGAGAAAAGGCAAUGGUGGCAGUGAUGGGAUCAGCAGGGGCACAAUGAGGAACAUUCAACUCUGGAAUUUUCUUGAUAGAACUUUCUGUUUCUGUUUUAAAAGCAGUUAUGUUUUCAAUAAAAACUAAUUAUGAGUAGUGUAAUUGGAAUCAAGCUCUUAAACAGUUAUCAAACAUUGUUCUCAGAGGUUUAGCUCUCUGGUACAAAAUGGUAUGUGGCCUUAAUAUAAUGUGUGUCUUGACAUGUGUGACAUUAAUAACUUUACCAAAGCAGUUUAACAUGUGAGAUUUA